GUUUCGGAGGCAAAUAAAAAAACAGAAAGUAAUGGUAUAUAAACAAGUAUGAGAGGAUUAAAACGAGGAAAAGAAAGAAGAAACGACGACAACAAAGACGAUCAACACAAAACCCACAAACCCAAACAAUCAAUCUCAUCUCAUCUCAUCUCAUCUUCCCAACUUUCUUUCAAUUCCAUGGCUUCGGCUUCGGCUUCGGCUGUUCACUGAUCACUCUCGGCGGCGCCUCCUAAAUGUCUGUUAUCGAAACCCCCGCCGUCCACCACCGCAGCGGGGGCGCCACCGAUCAUCACCGUCAUCCCUCGAAGCGCAAAUUCGACGAUGAAGAGGACGAGGAUUUGUCAGACUUAGUCUGCGUGAGGAUGAGGAAGGACGAGGCGAAGGCGGUGAAUUCGUGGUCGGCCUCGGUGCCUCAGCGAUCGCACAUCCAGUUCUUCGUCCGCAUGAUGUCCGGCGGAAACACAAUCGUUAUGCAGGCUUUUCCCGAAGACAGCGUCAAAUCGAUUCACGAGCGUAUCCAGAGCAUGAAGGGAAUCCCAGUGUUCGAGCAGAGACUCAUCUACAGAGGAAAACAGCUUCAGUGGGAGCAGACUCUCUCCGAGUGUUCCAUCCAAAACGACGCCAAUCUCCAGCUCGUUGGCCGCAUGCGCAGCACUGAACAUCCUCAGGCUUGGCAGGUUAUAAACGACAUGGUUUCUCUAGUCUACCGUCUCUGCCGCGGCGAAACCCUUCACGAUGCUUCUAAGACUGUCAAGGGUUUAAUCACCAAUUACUUGAACAUGACUCCUAGAAUUGAUAACGAAUCUGCCUCUGGGUACUUUCAGAUUUUCAUGUCUUCCUCUGCUCCUGCUGUGCUUGUUAUGCUCUAUGUCUCCCCUUAUGCAGGUAACAAGGACUGUGCUGAUUCCUCUGUUAGGCAUUUUUUGAGUUCUUGCCGCAAUACCUUGUCCAAGGCAUUGCACGGGCAGUGCGCCCGUGUGGUGUUGGAGUUUUGUAAAUUGCUUAGGAGAGUGGGGUGUAAUGACCCUUUGUAUCUCUAUUGCCGGAGCACUUUUGGGUCCUUGUUGGAAACUUGUGGGAUUUCCUAUGCUGGUUCAGAUGAUGUUAAGGGGCUGGUUUUGAUUCAAGACAUUUUCCCCUUUGUUUGUGAGCUUGCCAAUAGCUUGUUGAGGGAUUUGGACUUGAGUAUGGAUUCCCCCAUGGCCGCCGGGCCUUUGUCGAACGAUGUUGGGGAUUUUAACGCCUUCUUACUACCUUUGAGGACUGGAAUUAAGGAGCAAAAAACUCUCAAGGAUUCUAUGGCUCAGGAAAAACGCCGUAAGGAUUUCUUGCUCGCUGAAGAGAUUGAGUAUCUUCAUCGGUUGUACAUUGAGUUAUUGAACAAAAUUGAUCAGUGCCUUCAAAAAAUGGGCCAAAGCUUAGCUGGCCAGAAAAUGGAAGGGGAUAGUCUUUAUCCGGCUUGGUCUCAUUAUCUUUCAAUCUUGAAGGAGUUGUAUCAAAUUUCUAAGCUUUAUGAUGGCGCUGAAGAAAAGCUUUGGAACGUUCUGGCGCGGCAAAGAAGUGUGCUCUGUCUGUUAAUUGUUCGAUAUGCGAAGCGAAGUGAUGAGCAUCAGUGGAUUCUUGAGCAUAGGUGUGUGACCAAUUUUGAAUCUAGGAGACAUUUGGCCAUGAUGAUGUUCCCGGAGGUGAAAGAAGAUUACGAGGAGUUGCACGAGAUGCUUAUUGACAGGUCUCAGUUAUUGACGGAAUCUUUUGAAUACAUAGCACGUGCUGAGCCUGAAGCUCUGCAUGCUGGCCUGUUUAUGGAAUUCAAAAAUGAAGAAGCUACUGGCCCAGGUGUACUAAGGGAGUGGUUUCUUCUGGUAUGUCAAGCAAUAUUCAAUCCACAAAAUGCUCUUUUUGUGGCAUGCCCAAAUGAUCAAAGGAGAUUUUUCCCUAAUCCUGCAUCCAAGGUACAUCCUCUGCACCUAGAGUACUUCAGCUUCGCUGGUCGAGUUAUUGCAUUAGCUUUGAUGCAUAGGGUGCAAGUGGGGAUUGUUUUUGAUCGUGUGUUUUUCUUGCAAUUGGCUGGAAACCACAUUACUUUAGAAGAUAUAAGGGAUGCAGAUCCUUAUCUUUAUAAUAGCUGCAAGCAAAUAUUGGAUAUGGAUGCUGAUUUCAUUGAUUCAGAUGCAUUAGGACUGACAUUUGUUAGAGAGGUGGAGGAAUUAGGACACAGGAAAGUGGUUGAGCUCUGCCCUGGCGGAAAGAACCUUGUAGUUAAUAGUAAGAACAGGGACAAGUAUGUUGAUCUUCUUAUACAGGAUCGCUUCGUAACAUCCAUAUCUGAGCAGGUAUUACAUUUUGCCAAAGGUUUUGCUGAUAUUCUUUCAAACACAAGCCUCCAGCAGUUCUUCUUCCAAGGUUUGGACCUUGAAGAUCUUGAUUGGAUGCUGCAUGGGAGUGAAGAUACCAUUUCUGUUGAAGAUUGGAAAGCACACACCGAGUACAAUGGCUAUAAAGAGACAGAUAUUCAGAUAACUUGGUUUUGGGAGAUUGUUGGGAGAAUGACGGCGGAUCAAAGAAAAGUUCUUCUAUUCUUUUGGACAUCUGUAAAAUAUUUACCGGUUGAAGGUUUCCGUGGUUUGGCUUCCCGUCUCUACAUAUACAAAUCCCUUGAACCUGGUGAUCACCUGCCUUCAUCUCACACAUGCUUUUUCCGGCUGUGUUUCCCAGCUUAUUCAUCUAUGUCUGUCAUGCAAGAUCGUCUCGAUGUCAUCACCCAAGAACAUGUUGGCUGCAGUUUUGGUACUUGGUGAAUACACCUGCAAUCUGGAUAGAAGUGGUUUUGGCUGCACAUAGAAUUAUCGUUGUACAGAUUAUAGGAGUAAUCCAUCCAUUCUCUAAUUGGAUAAUGUGACAAAAUUCACUACUUCUAUUUCUCAAUGUAGUCAAGGGUUGCAGUGGCAUUGGUCUUUGUCAAAUGUUUAUAUGGAUAAACUAUAAAUAAAACAGGAUUUAAAGAAAGAAAAUUCGAUCUCUCUAUGAUCUAGCAUUGCCGUUCUGGUAAUCGUGCUAAAAGAGCAACUCAUCUACUCAAUCAAUUGAGGAUUGAUCUUUUGCGGGCCUGCUGCUUCCUUGUUCGGUUGUUCUCUUCUCUCUCUUCACUGUAGAAACAACAACAUUUAAGCCAACCGUCUUCGUCUAUAUCGAGUAGUCUUUUUGUGGUUAUUAUUUUGUUAUGAAUUGUAUUUAUUUAGCUAUAACAGGUAAUGACUACCAUGUCAUGGUUUUGGUUAUCAUUGACUCGAAUCUUCAAAAAAAAGAGUAACUACAGGAUUUUUAGGGUCUUUUAGUUGCUGUAUAAUAACUUUGUGUCUUUCAUCA